AUGGCUGGAAGUAUCGUGAACAUUCCUGGUAUCACCAGCAACGGCAGCACGGCCGCGCUAUUCCACCUCAUCCUCCCCCAGCGAUACGUGAUUGUGCUGCUAACGCUGGUCUGCUCCGCCGUGUGCUAUAUCGAACGCGUGGGGUUCUCUAUCGCGUACACGGCGAUCGCGAUCCGCGAGGGGGUGGAUCAAGCGACCAAAGGAUGGGUCAUGUCGGCCUUCUACUACGGAUACGCGUCGUCCCAGGGAGUGGAUCAAGCGACCAAGGGAUGGGUCAUGUCGGCAUUCUACUACGGAUACGCAUCGUCGCAAGCAGCUGGGCGUCUCAAACGCACGGCGGCAGGCUCUUUCGUAGCCUGUCCCGCUGCUCCCUAUUCCCAUUUAAUCUUCCCCGUCCUAUCCGCCUCCCCCACCCUCCUCUCUCUCACUCCCAGGUCCCAGGCAGUUGGGCUUCUCAAAAUUAACCACAUGGAUAUAGCGCCUAGAUUCGCAGGAGUGGUGAUGGGUGUGUCGAAUACAGCAGGGACUAUGGCAGGCGUGGUAGGGGUGGCAGCUUCUGGGCUGAUUCUUGAGGCGUUUUCGGGUGGAGAGGGGUCGGGAGGAGUGGGGAACGGUGGAGUGGGAGGAGUAAGUGGUGUGGGAGGAGCAGGAGGAGGAAGGGGAGUAGGGGGGAUUGAUCCGGGGUGGUGGUGGGUGUUCUUCACGCCAGCGUCCCUGUGUGUGGUCAGUGCUUUGAUCUUUGACGCGUUUGCCACGGGGGAGCGGGUCUUUGAGUGA